AUGGGGCUUCAAACGAGGCUGAAUGCCGAACUUGCUGUUGCGGACGGGGAAGAUUUGGAGGGCGGUUCUAUCGGGAGGAGGCAGCUCUGCCACCGCCACCGCAACAAGAGAAAUAAGAAGAGCAGCAAGAAGAGCAAGGGUAGCAGCAAGAGCUGCAGCAAGAGCGGCAGCAAGAAGGGCGGCAGUGAGAAGAGCGGCAAGACGAGCAGCAAGAAGAGCGGCAAGACGAGCGGCAAGAAGAGCGGCAGCAAGAAGGGCGGUAAGAAGAGCGGCAACAAGAAGGGCGGCAAGGAGAGCGACAAGAAGAGCGACAUCAAGAAGGAAGAAGAGCAGCAGCAAGAAGGUCCCAAGAAUCAUCAAGCAGAUGUGUUUUGCGCCACUCGUGACCAGACAGCUCUGUUCAACUGCGCGUUUGAGGGAUCCCAAGAUACACUGUAUGUGGACGCGGUUCGGCAGUGCUACAAAAACUGCUACAUUGGUGGCACGCAUGACUUCAUUUUCGGUGAUGCGGCAGUGGUUAUCGAUGCGCCGAAGAUUCAACUACAUCCAAGCCCGUCUUUUGGAAUUCUUACGGCGUCGGGGCGUAGUAAGGAUACGCCAACCGGGAUUGUGAUUCGCAAUGCAAAUGUUGCAGAGGACAGCGGCACUACCAGGGUGUAUCUGGGCCGUCCAUGGAAGAAAUGCGCCUUCACUGUGUUCAUCAACGCCAAUCUCCCCGCGCACCUCCUCUACUCUUGCUUACUCCUUUUCUUCCCCAACCAAAUUUCUUCUCCAACCCAAUUCAUCCUCUCGUCUCGACUCCCUACCAUCUUGCUAUCCUUUUUAGUAACACCCCGCCGUCGCCAAUACCUCCCACCCAGCUGUCGCUCUUCGUCCCAUCCCGCCGUAUCUUCUCCCUCCUCCCCGCCGUCGCCUCUCCCUCCUCCCCGCCGUCGCCUCUCCCUCCUCCCCGCCUUGGCCUCUCCCUCCUCCCCGCCGUCGCCUCUCCCUCCUCCCCGUCUUCGCCUCUUUCUCCGCCCCGUCGUCGCCUCUCCCUCCUCCCCGCCGUCGCCUCUCCCUCCUCCCCGCCGUCGCCUCUCCCUCCUCCCCGCCGUCGCCUCUCCCUCCUCCCCGCCGUCGCCUCUCCCUCCUCCCCGCCGUCGCCUCUUCCCCCUCCCCGCCUUCGCCUCUCCCUCCUCCCCACCGUUGCCUCUCCCUCCUUCCCGCCGUCGCCUCUCCCUCCUCGCCAUCGCCUCUCCCUCCUCCCCGCGGUCGCCUCUCCCCACUCCCCACCGUCGCCUCUCCUUCCCUCUCUGCCGUCGCCUCCGGCGACAGGUGCACGAGUGCAAGCGCGGGUUGGUGCGCAAGUGCAGGUUGGUGCACGAGCACGGUUUGGUGCGCGAGCGCGGGUUGGUGCGCGAGCGCGGGUUGGUGCGCAAGCGCGGGUUGUUUUCUCAGGCACCGAUCCGCGCUUCCGUCCUCCGUCCUCCCUCCCCCCCCUCUUAA